AUACAAUAAUACGGAAGCAGAGCGGUGGACAAAGAAUACCGAACACACGCGGAUAACAUUGACACAAUCCCACCAGAAAAGUCAAUGCCAGUGUGACAAUGGAUGGGUACUCGGUGCAUAAAGUAAUAGGUGAAGGGUCCUUUGGUCGGGCACUACUUGUCCAAUCCAGAAUCAACCAUGAGAACUAUGUCAUGAAAGAGAUCCUACUCCCAAAGACACAAUCCAAGAUGGCGAACACCAGGAGAGAAGCUGUGCUCCUGUCCAGGAUGAAACAUCCCAGCAUAGUGUCCUUCAGGGACUCUUUUGAAGGUGACGGCCACCUCUACAUAGUGAUGGAGUUCUGUGGUGGAGGAGACCUGCUCCAGAGGAUACAACAACAGAGGAACACACUGUUCUCACAGGAAACAAUUCUGAAGUGGUUUGCUCAGAUGUGUUCUGGUACGAUGCACAUCCAUGACAAACGGAUCUUACACAGGGAUCUCAAGUCCAAGAAUAUCUUCCUGACAGACGAUGGGAGGGUGAAGCUGGGUGACUUUGGCUCAGCCUGUGUUCUAAACAGUGCGAAGGCCUACGCUCACACGUACGUAGGAACGCCUUACUAUGUGUCUCCAGAGAUCUGGGACAGUAAGCCGUACAACAACAAGAGCGACGUGUGGUCUCUCGGCUGUGUCCUCUACGAGCUCUGCACCCUGCGACACCCGUUCCAGGCUCCUAGUUGGAAGAGUCUGAUCAUGAAGGUGUGCCGUGGUUCCUACCCUCCUCUUCCCCAACACCUGCCCUAUGAGCUGCACUACCUGGUCAAACAGAUGUUCAAGACCAACCCCAAAGACCGUCCGUCCCUCCACACCAUCCUCACGUCUCACCGCGUAGCCGGUCUCCUGCACCGACACCUGCCCAACAAGGAGUCGGAGAGGAGAACAGGGAGAUGGAGGAGAGAGGAGGGGGAGAAGGUGGCCUCACUCCUGGGGCAGAAGACCCUCAUCACAGGCUCUACCCUGGAGGGUCUGGAGAUCUGUGUGGCCCCUACUGAGGUCCCUGCUGAGGCCCCUGCUGAGAGCAGCACCAGUAGCGAGCAUUGUGGCCCUCGUAGACAGUGGGCCCCAGGCCCCUCAGACACAGCUCUACAGGUGUUGGCUAACACAGACCUCCUCUCCUCUGGGAGUCUGGCAACCACAGGCCAGACACAUUCAGAGAACAGAGAGCGGAAACGAUGGGACAGGAGUCCACCAGAGAAGCUACUGAGACUGUUAGAGAAAGCCCAGCUCUCCACCGCUUUCAGAACCUACUCCAUACACACAGAAGGUGAAGACCCUCUGGUAGGCCCCCUGUCCCGGGGAGGAAGGGACGACACAGACGGACCGACAGCUGGACAGACAGAGGAUGAAGAACGGCUGCAACCACGCUCUGACGACGAAGAUACAGACUUUGAAGAGGACUGUCCCUGUGACUGGAUGGAGGAACUAGAGCAGAUGUCUAUGGACCACUGAUACCUAGCGGUCUGCCUAGCUAGCGGUCUGCCUAGCUAGCGGUCUGCCUAGCUAGCGGUCUGCCUAGCUAGCGGUCUGUCUGUCUAGCUAGCUAGCGGUCUGUCUGUCUAGCUAGCUAGCGGUCUGUCUGUCUGUCUAGCUAGCGGUCUGUCUAGCUA